UCGAGCCAUCGUCAGGGUAGCCUGAGAGGGUGGCCCGCGGGAUUCUGGCCGGCGGGCCAAGCUACUGCUAGAUCAGCGCCGGAGGCGGGAGACUGGUGCAUUUUGUGUAUUUUGGAAAUAACUCUGCUGAAGAUACUAAAAAAAGGGCAGCUUUACUGACAACUCAGAAGGAAACAAUUUUCUACCUACUUAGGAUUAGAAGACCAGCUCAUUCUUAGAGUCUUCUGAAACAAAAUUAGAAAGAGAAGUGCACUGAAAAGGAAAGAAAGCAACGUCAGAUUUGAAUGGAUUGGGGAGAUGAAUAUUCUCAAAAUUCGUUUGAUCUACAUUGUUUGUUAAAUUCCUUUCCUGAAGACUUGGAGUUUAAACAGAUCUUCAGUGACAUUGAUGAAAAGAUAGAACAAAAUGCUGCAAGCAUAGAACAUUGCAUUAAAGAAAUACAGUCCGAAGUUAACAAACAAUGCCCAGAUGUGCAGCUGCAAACAACAACUGACUGUUUUGAAUGGCUAAAUAGCUAUAAUUAUAAUUCUUUCAAGUCACCUUCCAUUCCCCAUGGAGAUUUGAUAAAAUUCCUCAAAACAUUGCAAGAUUUGUUGAAGAAUGAACAAAAUCAAGAAGAAAUGAUAUUGGAUUUACUUUGGGACCUCUCCUGCCAGAGCAGCGUUUCAUUCCCAUCUGCUCUAAGUGGAACAUCUUUUCAUUUCCUGUCUAGGACUUCUCUUCAUUCUGUUGAAGAUCAUUCUUCUAUGGAUGUGAAGUCUAUAUGGGAUGAUAUAAGCCUACAUCUUCGACGCUUCUUAGUGAGCCAAUUACAAAGCCAUAAUGAAAUAAACAAUGUACAGCAAAAAUUUUUGUUGAAAAAUCAGUGCAUACAACAACUCUUGUUUCUGUAUCCAGAAUCAGAAGUUAUAAUCAAGUACCAAAACAUACAGAAUAAGCUGUUAGCUAAACUUCUACAGAACUGCUUUCCUUCUUACAGCAGAGAAUCAAAUUUAGACCUAAUGGUUCGUGGAUACCAAAGUACAAUGCUUAAGUUGUACUCAAUGAUAAGAGAGGAUUUUAACACACUGUGUGGAAUUUUAGCUUCAUCCUCAACAGUGAAAUUCAUUAAAGAAACUUACCUGGAUACUGUUACAGAAGAAAUGGCAAAAUUUCUUGCAAAUUUUUGUGAGCUGCAGUUCAAAGAAAGUGCUGUCCGUGUGAUUAAAACAAGCAAGAGCUCCAGCAGGCAUAGAGGAGCAGUGCAUGCUUUGGUUACUCCUGAAUGCCCAAAGAAAGGAAGAAACUUUUUCCUUUCCUUAGAUGAACUCAAAUUCUUAUCACAGCUCAUAGAAUCAUUUUUGAAGCUGGAAAAAAAUGUCGAAGAAUUGUUUGAAGAAAUGUUUUUAUCGCUCAGGAGACCCAGGAGUACUUCAGGAAUUUUGGAGACAUCCAAUAGAGAAGUUGUAUUAGAGAAACCUAGAGCAAAUGAAAGCAAUAUUCCUUCAGAGCAAUUGCUACCAGUAAAAGAGACUACUUUACUAGAUUUUGGCUGGAGAACUGCAUUUAAAGGGGUGUCUCUUCCCAUGUCACAUAGUAUAACAGCAGCAAUUGAAGAUUUUUCCACAAAAAUUCUCCAACAAGAACAGAAUGAAAGGUCUUCAGCUGUGAGCUAUACCAUGAACCUUGUAAAUGUCAAGCAAGUUUGGCAAGAUAGCCAUGUGGUUCCUGAGGAGGACCAACCAAAGAAAAUUGCAAAAUUUUGUUCUGACAUCAUGGAAAAACUUGACACAAUGCUUCCCCUGGCUCUGGCAUGCAGAGAUGAUUCUUUCCAGGAAAUUAGAGCAAACUUUGUGGAAGCCUGUUGUAAAGUGGCAACAGCUGUCCUGGUGAGACUGCAAGAGAGAGGAAAGGAGUUUCCUUCCAAGGCACCCCUGAAAAACUUGCACACACUGCUCUCCACAGCAGUGUAUGUCUUCCAGCAGUUUUCCCGAUAUGAUCAUUUGAUGAAAGAAACUACUAAGAAACCCAUAUUCCUGGUGCCUGUCCAACGAUAUCAGGAAUUCAUCAACACUCUACAGUUUCAGGUUACGGACUACUGCGUCAGAGUUUGUGCUACAAGCAUUUUACAGGAUGCUGAGAGCCACCACUGGGAUGACUACAAAGCUUUUUACGAGGGGGAAAGAUGCUCCUUCUCGCUCCAGAUGUGGCAUUAUUUCUUGUGGGCUCUUCAUCACGAUCUCUGGACCAUUCUCUCCUCUAAGUUAGCCCAGGAGAUUCUAGCAGAAGUGCUGGAGAAAUCUUUGGGUCUACUAGCCUCCAGAUAUGCUCGGGUCCAACCCAGUUAUAAGAGAACUCCACAGAUAAGACUUGAUGUCACAACUAUUUUAAUAUGCACUGAGAACAUGUUAUGGUCAGUUUGCACAUCUGUACAGAAGCUUUUGAAGCCUCAUGAGUAUACAGAUGAUAAAAUUUUUAGAAUUCAUACCCAUUGUAAUAAUCUGUUUACAACAUUAGUCAUUUUGACUUCACCGUUAACUGAAUUAUAUCAGACUUUUCAGUAUGGCAUGGAUGAUUCUGCCUCAGAUUCCUUAAAGCCAUUUUUCAAGCAACCAUUACAUUGGUUUUCUUGCAUAUCACAUUUCUACCCUUCCUUACUCAGGACUCCAUCAGCUGGACGACUGACAGCCGAGGGUCAAUUGAAACUGCUCUUUUCCCAGCCAGGUUGUAAUUGGAACCUGCUUCUGGAAACCCUACUGAAUCAUAAUGGUCUUUUACUGAGAAUCUUGCUGAAGAGCUCAAAAUGCACCUUUCAAGAUCAAGGUUCUGAUACAGAAAAUAAUCUGAACCAAGGAUCCAGCUUGAUGGAAGCCAUCUUUAACGUACUGUACCAUUGCAAUUUUUCUCCACAAACAUUUGGAAAUGUUUUUGUGAGCUACAUGGAAGAAGAGCAACUAUGGGACUUUUUAUAUAACAUUCCAGUUUCACCGUACAUGGAGUCUGAGCUAGAGGUCAUCCGAUGUUUGAGAAUGGCACUGACUGGCGCCGUCAAGGACAUUGUACAGCAGAUAAUAUCUGUGAUGAGCUCUGGGAGAAACUGUGAGACAAACCUAAACAAGCACAAUGUUCCUGAACGUUUGCGUGAAAGCAUUCCGAAAGAAUGGAACUAUGUUCCAAACGAAACGAAAAGGAAAAAAUCAAGCAAAGGCUGCACCAGGCUCGCUGCUCAGGCGGUAUCUAUUGUAAUCAGCGAGUUACCUACAGUGAUUGCAUGUUUGCCUCCCCCAAUUAAAUACUUCUUUUUUCUGUCUGAGAGAAAAAUGUCAAAAAACUUUGUUGAAUUGAAGAAAGCUGGCCUGCUUGUCUGGAACUUGAUUGUAAUUAUAUGUCGGAUAUUUGAGGAUGGAAACACUGUGGAACUUUUAACAGGUGCCUCCCUUGACAGAUGGAGUAAAGAGAAACUCAGUUUCAUCUGUGAGUGUUUGGAAAGCAUCAUGGGAGAGCAGAGAAGUAGCCCUAAUCAUAUGACCCAAAAGGUCAGACAGAGCAUUGAGCAGCAAAAACCCAACUGGAUUGAGCGCCAAUUAUUGAAAGCAAGGAAAUUGAGCACUGAAAGUGCAUUUAUGACAAUAGAGAAAAGCACAGCCUUAGAAGAAGGAGAUAUUGCUCUUGAACUGACUGAGCAGAAAAUAAACAUGAUGGUCCUGGAUAUCUGCCACAAACCAGGUGGCAGCGAGUACCUGAGGCAAAUUUAUCACAUCAUGCGGCUCAAUGAGGAAUACUUAAAAGAACAGCUGUUUUCUAUGAAUGGUUCAGAGGAAAAGCCAUUACCCAUCCGACCUUUAAAGCCGACCUUGAGGAGUGUGGAAGAUCAGCCUUCUGCCUUUAACCCUUUCCAUGUGUACAAGGCAUUUAGUGAAAACAUGCUAGAUCAGUCAACCAUCAAAAAAUGGAACUGGAAUUGGUCAAACUUGCUGCCAAAUUAUCUGGGACUGGAUAAGAUGACCUUCAGUGUACUGCUCGAAAACAGGUGGGAACUGAGGAAGGAUGAAAGACUAGAAGAGGAUGAAAAAGCAAUGCUGGAACAUUUAAAACGAAUUUGCACCAUCCAGAACUCUUCUGCCUCAGAUAACACAGAGGAACAGUAAUCUGCAGAAAACAGCAACAGCUUUAUUUUAGGAAAUAAUCACAUGUAAUGAAGUAGGAUUUUUACUAUAGUCAGAAUGAACCUCAGAUGUGCUGUGAGGCAUGAAACCAAUGACUGAGUAAUCUCUGAACUGAAAAGGAAUACAGCACAUAAAGAAUAAAGUGCUACAUAUUUUUUCUUUUAAAAAUAAUUUCGAAUGUUUUUCUUUCCUCAAUAUUUCUCUGUAUAUGGUAUAACUGCUGCCAUCUCGUGUUCCCUUUGAAUUAUUUUUUUUUCUUCUUUCAGUCUUGAAGUAUCUAUGACAACAAGCAAAAUGUUCAGAAAUCUUUUCCCUAAGGAUUUUUAAAUACAACAUUUGGAUGUUAAGUUGAAUGGACUCACAUAGCCCCCUGAGGGUCAUCUGAAAAUUUCAAUGUAAUUGUGUUGGUGUAGCCUAAGUCCAGGUCUUAAUUGCUUUUAAUACCCACCGUUGUACCAGCUUCCUCUCCCAUACCCUCUUCCUCAUCCAAUUUAUCUUAAUCAUAGCCACAAAAAACAGUCUCCUGAAGUAUAACUUUAAUCAUAUCCCUGCUAUAGUGGUUUUUCAAACAUCAGAUUCAAACUUCCAAUCGUAUGCUUUCAGAACCUAUACCCAAUGGCUCCAUGUUCAGGCAACUGCCCAUCAUCCUGUUGGCUCAAGCCACAUGCCUGCCAUUUUUCCCAACCAGAAACCAUCUUUCUCCCAAAAUUAUGUUCAGAACUCACUCAAGCAAUCUCUGUUCCACAGCUCUUUAUUCCACAGUUUCUGCUACUUCUCUUAUUUCCAUUACAUUGAUACACACAGACACUAAGGAAACGGAAUGUGUUCCAGUGUCCUCUGUGCCAAGGAAAGUAAUAUUUAUUACAUCCUUCCUAUCACUGCCUGAUAAUAGAUUAUAAAGACCUUGAAGGCCUUGCAGUAUAAUAUUGUGUCCCUUUAUAACUAUAGUCUCUCCAAAUACCUACUGUAGUUAUUCAUCUACUGGGCAGUUAAUGAACACAGUUGUUUGAAGGGCUGUCAUUGAAAGAAGACAACAAAGACAAUUAGAAUAUUGAGCAAUCUAUAGGAAAUCUGCGAGAAGCUUUGUAUAAUGAACUAUUUUAAACCAUAUGACGUCAAACAUCGUGGUUUCUGAUGUUCUCAGAUUGUCCAUGUUCCUACAUUCUGUGAUUUUUAUAAAAUACAUGUAGACUACAUGAUUUCCAAAGGAAAGUACUCAUGCAUUUUUCAAAGAGUAAAAGCUUGGAGAGGAGAGCCCACCUUAGAAAAUCUCUUGCAUUAUUUCUUUACAUAAAAACCAUCAAUGUCCAGGUAGCCAGCUGCCUGCCAAAUAACAUAUUUUAUUUUUAAAGAAUAUACUUUAGUUAGCCAGUAUAAUCAUGAACCAAGUGUUUUAAGACAUGGUUGAAAUAAUUUCUAAAAAUUCUAUGCAGACCAUUUAAAAAACUGUAAGAGGGGGCCAGCCCCACGGCCAAGUGGUUAAAGUUCCACACACUUCGCUUUGGCAGUCUGUGUUCGAUCCCGGGUGCGGACCUACUCCACUUAUCAGCCAUGCUGUGGAGGCAGCCAGCAUACAAAGUAGAGGAAGACUGGUACAGAGGUUAGCUCGGGCCUAAUCUUCCUCAAACAACAACAACAACAAACUGUAAAAAAUUUUUAUGAGAAUUGGACUCUCCAUCUAAUCUAACCUGUAAAAUUACAUAGCAUUCAAUAUAAGGCAACAGUUGACUUUAUUCCUUCAGCUUAGUGAUGAUCUAUGUGCUAAAUCUGCAUAAAUAUGUUGUAUUAGAAUAGACACUAAAAUAGAAAGUCAAAAUAAAAAUAAAUUGAUCCAAUAAACUAAAUGAAAUUAGUUAUAGGAUUUCACAUUUGGGUUCUUUGUCUUCUAAAAUAUUUAAAGUUCAUCUUUUAACGUUAUUUUUUAUUGAAUCUGUGCAUUUCUAAAUUAAUCCUGGGAAGUGAUUUAAUUCCUCCAGAAAAAAUUCUCUAUGGAUCUGUUUGGAAAGGAAAGAAAUAUAGUAAGGGAAGAAUGGAAUGAGUUGGAAUGAGAGAAAAGUAGAAAAGAGAGAAGAGCUUGCAGAAUUCUCUUCUACACUUGCUCAGUGAAAUUACUAUAGCCAUAAGUGCAAUAAAAUUUAUAGUUGGGAAUGCUAAAUGACAAGUCAUUGAUUUAUCAGAUCAUUUUGACUUUAUGCUAGAUAUGUUUUUAAAGUAUGAUAAGAAGUGGUAUUUCAAAACGGUUAUUCUUUCUCACCUUUAUUUUGCAUUUGUAUAAGUUAACAACAGGAAUGAAACCUAAUACUUCAUAACUCCCCAUAUGCUUAUUAUAAAAAUAUUAUCUUUGUGUAAAAUAUUAUCUUCCUUCUGUGUUAUGUUUAACCAUAUUUUUAUUUCAUUAUAAAGAGGUAUCUAUUUUAUCAUUGAUUUAGCAGUUACUAUGUGGAAAUAGUGUGAAUUAAUUUUUAAUUAAAUAUAGAUGAUAAUGUAUAUUUCAGAUAUUUUACAUUUUUGUCAUGUCUGCCAAACGCUGUUCUGGAACUACCAACCAGGAAAUGGGCAAAAUAAAUCACUUGUUUUGUCUACUAAUAUGUGCUUACUCAAAAUGCCCUAUUAUCCCACUUCAUAUAUUCCUAAGUCAAAGAAAGCUUCAGUUGGUUUAUAAUUAGCAUUUCUUACUAUAAAAAAAAUUUUUUUUUGAGGAAGAUUAGCCCUGAGCUAACUACUGCCAAUCCUCCUCUUUUUGCUGAGGAAGACUGGCCCU